CUCCCCAGCCGCCUGCUGUGGUAACCGUUAUCCAGCCAGCCCCCCAGCCACCCGCUGUUGUCACGAUCAUCCAGUCGGUUCCAAUGAACCAAAUCUCGAUUAUUGUUGCUGACUUCAUGUACUCGCCUACCAGCGGCGGCAUUGGUUCCCAGCCCGCCCUCCCCACCCCGAUGCCGGUCAUCACCGAUGUCCCGGCUGUUCCGGGCCCGGCCUACGUGGCUAGCCCGCCACCCGUGGUCCCGCAGCCGGCCCAGCCCGGUGUCACAGUCAUUGUGCCUCAGCCAGGCCCAGCCCAGCGUUACUGUGAUCCUCCCGCAGCCCCCUCAGCCUUCAGUCACCUGAAGUUGUGCCUAGUGCCCCUCCUGCCGUUACCUGAAGUUGUGCCUAGUGCUCCUCCUGCUGUCACCGAAGUCGUGCCUAGUGCCCCUCCUGCCGUCACCGAGGUUGUACCUAGGUGCUCCACCUGCGCCCACUCCUGUACCCACUCCUGCGCCUACUGUCCCUGCCACUCCGUCGUACCAGGCUAGUAAGUUCAAUAAGCGCAGCAUCGAGCAGUCUGCCAUCAAUCAAUUUGGUAAAUGGCAACGGUGCCAUGGUGUUCAACAUCAACGGCCAGACGUACAUGCUUCUUCGCCUGCCCGUCUCUAUCCCGCAGGCAAGCCAGGCUGCGGUGCCGCUGCACAAGCGCGACACUCCGAGCAACCUGAUCGAUGACGCCACUACCAAGAACCUGGGCAGCGAGGCCCUGCUGUACGAGGUGCUCGGGAAGGUGUUUGCUCGUGU